UAUGACCUAGAGUAACCCCAAAAACAAAAAAGUCCUAUCUCUCUCUGCCACUCCUAUUCUAACUUUUUUUCAGUUACUUUAACUCCUCCCUUCAUCUUUUUUCUUCUAUUCUCAUCGACAAAGAUAAAUAUAUAUAUAUAUAUAUAUAUUGUGUGUGUGCAGAGGAGAGGUUACAUGCAUUGUAUAUGUUUAUCAGAGACACAUAUAUCUGACUCGGUUUCCUCCUUUUUGAUUCCCUCCUCCUCUUUAUUAAUCGGUUUUACUUCUCUCCCUCUCUAUUCUUUGGUCAUCGUCCUUUGAUCGGAACAAAAAAAAGACAAAAAUCAAAGCUUUUCUUUUUUUUUGUUGUUCCAAGAGAUGGCAAUACAAGCGCAGUUGAGUUACAACGCUUCGAACGCGAAUCAAAUCGGGUUUGGUGGGUCUGAGUUUUCUUUGGUUAACAACAACAAUGGUGGAAUCGGAAUCGGUAACGGUCAGUUUUAUCUCAAUCAUCUCCAGUCGCAGAAAGAGUUCAACCAGCAAGCUCUGUUUCAUCAUCAACAUCAUCAACCUCAACAACAACAACAACAGUCUCGUCCUCAGAACUUUUUAGCCGCUCAUAUGGAAAAACAGAAACAAGAGAUCGAUCAGUUCAUCAAGAUACAGAACGAGAGGCUGAGGUAUGUGUUGCAAGAACAGAAGAAGCGAGAGAUGGAGAUGAUCUUAAGGAAAAUGGAAAGCAAAGCUUUGGUUUUGAUGAACCAGAAGGAAGAAGAAAUGUCGAAAGCGUUGAGCAAGAACAUGGAACUCGAGGAUCUGCUGAGGAAGAUGGAAACGGAGAAUCAAACGUGGCAGAGAUUGGCUCGUGAGAACGAAGCUAUGGUGCAGACUCUUAACUCAACGCUCGAACAGGUCCGUGAGAGAGCCGCCACGUGUCACGACGCUGGUGCUGCAGAGGUGGACGACGAAGGGUCGUUUUGCGGCGGAGACGGGGAUAGUUUUCCGGCGGAGAAGAAGAUGAGUGGUAGUAGUAGUAGUUGCUGCAAUUGCGGUUCUAAUGGAGUCACGAGAGUUCUGUUUCUGCCGUGUAGGCAUCUCUGUUGCUGCACAGAUUGUGAGGAAGGGCUUGUUCUUUGUCCGAUCUGUAACACCCCCAAGAAAAACAGAAUCGAAGCCUUUAUUUUCUAGGAUUUUUCUUUGAAAAUUUUCCCGAGAAAGUUUGGUUAAAAACUUAGAAGAAGAAGAAUGUGCCUAGUUUUUGUAUCCCGGUGACCGGAGAGUUUUUAACUCCGGGUAGAUGACGUGGCAGGGUAAUUUUUUUGUUUAUUUUCCGGGGAAA